AUGAAGCAAAUGUAUCGCCAAAUACUUCUUGACGAACGGGAUUCUCCUCUACAUAGGACCGUCUAUAGAAGUUCCCCCGACAGCACUCUAGACACCUACGAGCUAAAAACGGUAACAUACGGCACCGCUAGUGCCCCCUUUCUGGCAACAAGAGUCCUGCAACAACUUGCCGAGGACGAACAGCAUCAUUUCCCAGAGGCAGCAACUGUCCUACGCAAGGACGUUUAUGUCGACGAUCUUAUUUCAGGCAGCAGCAACAUAACCGACGCCAUCAACCUUCGAAAACAACUGCAAACAUUGCUGGCAAGAGGUGGCUUCGAAUUACGCAAGUGGGCCUCGAAUGAAUCCGCAGUCUUGGAAGAUGUCUCUGCUGAAAACAAGGCUCUGCAGCAGCCAGUGGAUCUAGAUCACGACCAACUCAUUAAAACGCUUGGCCUUCAUUGGGAUCCAACCGCCGAUGUGUUGAGGUACAAGGUGAAGAUGCCCCAGCUAGACGCGACCUCAACGUUAACUAAACGCCUCGCUCUCUCUUACAUUGCCCAGCUUUUCGACCCGCUCGGCUUGGUGGGUCCUGUCGUCACUACCGCCAAACUAUUUAUGCAGUCAUUAUGGACCUUGAAGAACAGCAACGGAAACAUAUGGGGCUGGGACGAAGAGCUUCCUGCAGUGGCGCGGGAUCGAUGGCAAUCCUACCACGAACAGCUACCUCUUCUAAACCAGCUAAAAAUUAAACGAUUCGUGAUGUGUCCCAACGCUUCGAAGCUGCAAUUGCACUUCUUUUCGGAUGCAUCGGAGAAUGCAUAUGGUGCAUGUGCAUAUCUGCGAUCGGAAAACGUGUCAGGCCAGGUCAAGGUUGCAUUGCUGACCUCCAAGUCCAAGGUCACACCACUCAAGCAGCAGAGUAUUCCACGACUGGAAUUAUGUGGUGCCCUUCUAUCGACCGAACUGUAUGCAAAGAUAACUUCUUCACUCUCCCUGCAAGCUGAAACGUACUUUUGGGUCGACUCGACAACAAUUUUAAGCUGGCUGAAGUCUCCGCCGUCUACUUGGACCACCUUUGUGGCUAACAGGGUGUCCAAAAUACAGCUUUCCACAUCCAGCAGCAUCUGGAGGCACGUAGCUGGUGAACAAAAUCCAGCAGAUUGCCUUUCUCGAGGAACAUCAACAGAGUUUCUUCUCACCAGCAAGCUUUGGUGGCAAGGGCCACAAUGGCUACAAGGAGACCUAACGGACUGGCCAAUCUCUCCUCAAGGCAGUUCAACAAUGCAUAGCCCAGGCGAGGUUCGAAAAACACCAGCAACUAUCUUUUCCGCCACAGUAGAAGAUUCCUUCAUCGACUCGUACGUCAACAGGUUCUCCAACUACCAACGCAUGAUCAGAGUGACAUCCUACUGCAAGCGUUUUCUGCAAAACUGUCGGCUUCAGAAUUUACUUAGACCAGCAUCACACGUCAUCACCAUGGAAGAAAAAGCAGGAGCUGAAAAUACGCUGAUCAGAUUAGUGCAACAGCAAACCUACCCUAACGAAUGGAAAUCCCUUCAGCAACAACAGGCCGUCUCCGGAAAGUGUCGCCUGAAAUGCAAACCUACGACAGUAAACACCAAAUCAUCCUUCCAUCUGCGCAUCCGUUGGCUGGUUCGUAGCUUCCACGAGAAUAAUUUGCACGCCGCUCCUCAGUUACUACUAACCCUACUUCGCCUCCGUUAUUGGAUUACUGGGGCCAGAAAUCUGGCCCGAAACAUCUUCCACCAGUGUACCAUUUGCUUCCGAGCUCGUCCGAAACGACUACAACAGUUUAUGUCGGAACUACCAGCAGCACGAAUAACCGCAGCGAGACCAUUUUCAACGACCGGAAUCGACUACUGGGGACCGAUUACCAUCCAACCAGCACACCGGCGAGCAUCUCCACGGAAAGCGUAUGUCGUGGUGUUUGUGUGCUUUUGCACAAAGGCUGUCCAUCUCGAGUUAGUUGCCGACCUAACUACCGCCAAAUUCCUGCAAGCUUUGCGUCGCUUCGUCUCACGUCGGGGAUUAUGCUCGGUCAUUUACAGUGACAACGGCCGUAAUUUUGUUGGAGCCGCCAACGAGUUGCGUCAGCUAGUACGAAGCAAGGAACAUCAGGAUCAAAUCGCCCAGGAGUGCGCCAAUAACAAUAUCCGCGGGCAGUUCAAUCCUCCUAAAGCAUCUCAUUUCGGUGGCCUCUGGGAGGCCGCAAUCCAAUCAGCACAGAGACACUUUAUCCGAGCACUUGGAACGCAGACGCUCGCUUACGACGACAUGGAGACGUUAUUAUCGCAGAUAGAAUGCUGUCUUAAUUCCAGGCCACUCGUACCUAUCAGUGAUGAUCCGUCUGAUCUGGAACCCCUAACACCCGGCCACUUCCUGGUUGGGAGCGCCCUGAAAGCUGUGCCUGAUGUCGAUGUCUCCGCCGUUCCCUUCAACCGUCUGAGGAAAUGGCAGCAAACACAGAAACUCUACGAGCAAAUAUGGGACCGCUGGCAUCGGGAAUAUCUCGUCACACUACAGCCACGAACGAAAUGGUGUAAUCCGCCUGUGCAGCUCAACAAGGACCAGCUCUUUAUCCUUAUGGACGAAAACCUUCCUCCGAUGCACUGGCCGACAGCCAGAAUCGACGAACUUCAUGCCGGACCAGACGGAGUUGUUCGAGUAGUCACCGUUCGAACUGCAACCGGCAAGUAUACGCGACCAGUGACGAAAAUUUGCCUGCUACCAAUCGCAUCUACUGCUGCACCAGAGGAAUCUUCCAAGUUGAACUCGAACUCCAACACCAAAACUGCAACCAGCCAUUCAGUCUCCAACGAAUGA